GAUACCUUAACCACUUGAAUUACUUUAUUGAACUUAAACUUUUAAACUGUAUUAGAUCUAACACAAUGUUGAAUUUGUUGUUUUGAAGUUUCUUGACUGUAUUAUAUUCAUACCUGAUCUACAUUCGUUGUGCAUUUGAGGAUUCAGACUACAUCAUGAUGUUGACCACUGCAGCUCUUAUUCUCAUUGUCACCAGUAAAGUUGUCCUAGGACAGGAUGACAGAAAGUAUUUUGGAGGAGAUAUUUUUCAAUUGGAUAUGGCAGUGAAUUCAGUUGAUGACCGAUAUGAUGGCUGUAGAGAGAAGAUGGAAAACCUGGUGAGAACAAAAUAUCUAAAACAAGAAAUCUGUGCUGACUUAUCUGGCUUUGGAGCAGCUUGGAUAAACAGUACAGGAAAAAUAUCUGAAUCAAAAAAAUUGAAAAUGCACCAUUUAAGUGCCAUCACCGUGUACACUGGUCUUACAGUUAACCGUGAAUUCAAUCAGGAUGUUAGGACUGGUAGACAAAAAUACAAAGAAAAGAAAUACACAUGGUUUUCGCUUCAUUUUUUGUUGACAGAAGCGAUACAGAUUCUUAAGAAAAAGCAAAAUAAAUGUAAAUUAACUUAUCGUGGUACCAAAGUUAUGUUUAAUGAAAAUGUUCAGAACAAAGAGAUUCGAUUUGGUUCAUUUGCAUCCUCCUCUCUUGAACGUAAAAUAGCAAAGCGGUUUGGAAACGAAUCUUGUUUUGAAAUUGAAACAUGUUAUGGUGCUGAUGUGUCAAAAUACUCCUAUUUACCUUAUGAGAAAGAAGUGUUGAUUCCCCCGUAUGAAACAUUUAAAGUCACUGCUAUAAAGAAGAGAGGUGCCUGGUGUAACACUGUGUUUAAACUGGAGAGCUCUGGGAUAAAAAGUAACUUAAACUGUGCAGUGGCAUCAGUCGAGCCCAGGAGAUAUCACAAUGUCAUUAUCUCUGACUGAUCUGCAUUUACCUCUUUAUUUUCUUUCUUUAUAUUAAGUGUUGCUUUCAU